GGGGCUCUCUGGUAUGAGAUUAUGCACUAGAGGAGAAUGAGAAGAGAGAAUUCUCCUGGAAUAGACAUCGCUUCCCAACUCUUCUGGAUCGUGCUGGAAUGGAGGGACCUGCCUCCAAGAUGUGCCUGCGAACUUGCUGUGUAAAAGGCUAUAAACCACUCCGAUUCAUUGAAAACCCACCUGAGCUGCGACAGUCCCAUCUCUCCAGGAGCUGCUCUUGCAGGAUGGUGAAACAAAGGAGAUCAAACAGUAUUAGCAUGUGCAUUUUGCCCAUCAUCCCCGAAUAUCCAGGCUUCCAGGACAUUAAGUUACCAAGACAUUACUCCGAAACUCCAGCCUUCAACCGGCUUUUCCAGGACUUGAAAAGAGGAAAGAGCUCCUCAUCCCAGCUCCAUAAUAUUCCAAACAGAGCUCUCUUAGUCCAUUGUGUGGGGAGCUCUUCAAGAGCCGGCUUGAAAGGCCACCUGCCAACCAGCAGUGGCUUCCACGACAAACCACUGCAAGAGUACUUCAGUGAGAGGCUGAUGGAGCUCAGGAACUACGAAAGCAAGAGGUCGAGCAGGAAGGCAAAAGCAUUUGCUGGUGAGAACCAGAGCCCCUUCCUCAUGCACAGAGGAUGCCGACGCAGAAGCAGUUGCAGUGCUGUGGUAAUGCUGGGGCAUGGGAAGCAGAGGGAGGAGCAGAUCAAGGCAACCAAACUGUGA